AAAGAUACGACAUGUAACAAAAUAGUGUUGUGGACCUAGCACUAUGAAUGAUGACGUUGUGAGCUAUUCUUGAUCGCUUCAGAGCUUUCGACCUUUUAGACUACGCUUCUUAAACUGUGAGUAUUGCUUGAACUUUGGCUGAUGCUACUUAAACUGUAAGUAUUGCUUGAACUGUGGCUGAUGCUACUUAAACUGUAAGUAUUGCUUGAACUGUGGCUGACGCUACUUAAACUGUAAGUAUUGCUUGAACUUUCGCUGAUGCUACUUAAACUGUAAGUAUUGUUUGAACUUGGCUGACGCUACUUAAACUGUAAGUAUUGCUUGAACUUUGGCUGACCUCUGCUAAUGUUCUCCUGAAUUCUAAUUAAUAUUUCCACAAUGGCAUAACUGUUUUGAAGGUAUUCAUCAGUUGGUGGGGGAGGGGAGGAGGUAUCUUUAAAGGAAAAAAAAAUAUUGAUCAUAUUAUUUUGAUAAGAAAAUAGACGAUAAAAAGAUACAUAUAAUUUAACUUUCUUCCCCGAUCAAAAUGUUGGCAGGGGGCAAAAGAGAAUCAAACAUUUUUUUUUUCCGUUGGCUGGUUGAGAGGGGGCGGGGGAGCUGAAUGGUGGCAGUGGGGAGAUGCAUAUUAUUACAUAAGUCCCCGAUAGCCAUACAAAAUCCUAUUUGUGAUUUAAAACAUGAAUAUCCUCUGUAGUUUAUAUUCAGAUAUUAAACGCACACAUACACACACUGGUAACACGUGACUUAAGUCCCCCAUAAUAAGGUUUCUUUAUUUCUCCAUGAGACCAGAUUCAAAAGGAGAUCAUGCUUGUCUUACUCGCAUUGUGUGCUGGCCUUAGUCUAUCGUCUGCUAUGGUUUGCCUACCAGGAUUUUGUGACCACAUUGAGCAGCCGGUACUCGACUGCAAAGGAGGAAUCAUUCAACAUGCCGGAUUUUGUGGUUUCUACAACUUUUGUGCCAGGGUGACGUUCAUUUAUUUAUCUAUUUUUGUACCGUCGGUGAGAGUAUCGAUGAUAUGUUUGUGUGUGUGUCUUUUUUAUGACGUACGUGUUGUGACUUACUUGUCAUAUAUGUCGUAAUACGCGUCGUAAAAUAAAACAGAGCAAUAGAGCUGUUUUAAAGACUUUGGGUACCCAGUAGCACCUCCCUUUUCUUUAAGCGCAGCCCCAUUCUAGAAGGGAUUUCAAAAUUUGCAUAGCUGUUUUCAACACGUUUUCCGUUCCCGUUACUACACCAGAAGAAUAGUGAAAGAGUUGAUCAGUGACUCUGAAAUUCUGACCUUUAAAAGUUUUCAACAACUGUUGCCGUGAAUUUCAGAUUGAAGGAGAAGCGUGUAUAGCUGAGAUGCAUAUCAGGGGCGUCCCCAACACUGCAAUCUGCGAUGAAGGUCUUGAGUGCGCCCCAUUUCUUGUCGAUGGCACUGAACAGGGUCACAGAUGUGUGAAAAAGUCAGAAAAACCAGUAGCUCAAAGACUGGGUGUGUACUUAAUAAUAUAAAAACUGGGAUUUUUAUAUUUAAUAUUUUAUUUAAGAAUCGCAAGGAACAAUUUAAAAAACCGGAGCUUGAAUGGCACUGGUCACAAGUACAGCAUUUCUUAUUGCCAGUUUGUGACGCGAGGGGGUGUGUGGUAAAGAUCUUGUGUGACGUCAAAAUCUUAAAUAAAUUAUUUUCAAAUACAAAAUUGUACAACUGUAUUUCUUGUUGUUUAACAUAACCUAUUGGAAGCAUUGCAUAUGAGAGGGUCAGAAGUCACAGAACUAUUGUUAGGGUGUAAUUUACACUUUUUUUGGCUACUAGAUUACGUUUGAGUCUAAUGGUACCCGGGUGCGAAUGGCGGCGCUGUCUGGGUCCAUUUUGACUCUGCUAUUCGGAUGUCAUUUGUGGUAGUUUAUUUUAGUUAAACUGAAGAAUUAAAUUUACAAAAAUAUAGUCCAUUCAAUUAUCUUUCAUUUGAUACCUCAUAUUGUCUUACAAACCAAAUAAUAAGUUUUUAAUAGUUUUUUAAUUCCCAACCUCUCAUUUCUGGUACCCGGUUACGAAAAGCUACUUCGAUUUUAAUUUUUAUUUUAACAAAAUUCCAAACUUUGUGUAUUAACGUUGCGCAUGCUCAAUGGAUUUCGCAUCCAGAUGAUAGUCUGCAUUUAAGUAACGGAAGUAACUUGAUACCUUUUUUCCAACAUUUUAAAAUGUUACAGAAAUAAUUUUCUCUGCAUUUUAUUAUAUUUUGUGCAAACGUAACAAUUCUGCUUCAUUUUUUUACUUUAAGUUACGAAUCUUCCAACGUUGUAUUUUUUAAAUAAGUGUUUCCUGAAGAAUUCCCAAUAAUAUACCUCACUGCACACCUUUAAGCAUGUCUGUUCCCACCGACACAACUAAUGGUGAAAGUGAAAUAGAAAAGUAAAUGGAUAAACCUUAGCUGACGGUAGGAGUUUUUAAAAAGGUAGGAGUCACUGCUUAAAUGGACUCUAAAAUAAAUCGUUUGAAAAAAACUAUUCCAGUGUCACCGUGUGAGACAGCGUGUCAGAGACAGUCCCUCUUGUGCACCAUAUCGAUGGUGGUCUACCAGGGACAGUGGUUUGCCAAGUGUGAUCAACAGGGCAACUUCCUACCCCAACAAUGCGAUAAUACCAGUAAGUAGAGACUGGCUGACCUGAUACAACAUCAACACGUGUGAUGAAUGCACUGACGUAACUGCCCGGGGAGGGCCAAGUUUUUUGCACACCCAACGAAAAAUCCCCCCCCCUUUGCAUUAGACUAAAGAUGACGCCCCUCCAUAAAUAUAAAUAGUCUCUCCCCACGGGGAUGGCCAAAUUUUUUGCAACCCCAACGAAAAAUCCCCCCCCCUUUGCCUUAGACUAAAGAUGACCCCCCUCCAUAAAUAUAAAUAGUCUCUCCCCCCCCCCCCAACCUUCUACGCUAGUGGAUGAACUUUUUUAGAUUGACGGCUUUCCAUAAAGUACGUCACGCUCCGGAAAAAGGGGAGGGGGGCUUAGGAAGUGUGACAGUUUGUGACGCGAGGGGGGUUAAAGAUCUUGGGAGACGUCAGUCACAAUCUUAAAAUAUUUUGUUGAUCAUAUAUGAAACAUGAAAUUGACAGUGAUGAUGAACUUUCUGUUGUUAUGGAUAUAUUCUAGCAGAAGAUGUCACUUUUAAAAAAAAAACGUUUAUUAGUAAGUGUGUUUUCUAUAAAAUUUUAAUUAGUUUUUAUUUUUUAAACAAUCUUUUAGUUCAAAAGUGUAACGUUCUUUAUGGAAGGGUUCCUGAGAUUUGUGACAUACUCUGACAGGGGAGGGUGGGGGCCCCAUUCUACAAUAAACGAUCUAGGCACUGAAAUCAUGUAUUCCUCUGAGUCAGAAUGAGUUAUUAUUUGAACGUCAUGAAAAUAAUAAUUCAUGGAAAAAAUAAACUUUUACGGUAAUUGUUGCUUUAAGUGUGAUUGCUAAUGAUGGCAAUUGUUUAUGCCUACGUCAAAAAUAAUUUUAAUUUUUUUUCCUAUUUUCUUUCCAGAUCAUUGCUUUUGUGUUGAUCCUAUUACUGGCGUGGUGCAACAGGGAACCAAAGUUUUGGGGAGCGCAAACUGCUAAUAUGGAGAACCUCCCUUCUUUUUUUCUCUUUUUUUUUAAAUGUAUCACGCUUGAUUCAUUAGUAACAAAAAUAAAAUACUGAAAAAAAAAUUAA